AUGCCCAAGAAAGGAGGGAAGCAUGCUGAAAUGGGAAAAGAAAUACAGUGUAAACGAGCAAAGGUGGAAGCAGAUUGUUCUCCGUCAGUCAUGAGUUUUGAGAACCCAGACAGCCUCUUUGGAAGCUUGAUCUCUCCCAUCAAACAGGAGGUGUUUUUCGGGGAGUACUGGGAGCAAAAGCCACUCCUUCUUCAGAGAAAUGAUCCCCUGCUGGCCGCCUACUACCAGUCCCUGUUCCAGUUGUCCGAUUUGAAGGAACUGUGCAGCCAGGGUCUGUACUAUGGGCGAGAUAUCAAUAUCUGCAGAUGCGUGAAUGGAAAAAAGAAAGUUUUAAAUAAAGAAGGCAAAGUGAAUUACAUGCAGCUGAAGAAGGAUUUUGACCAGAAAAAGGCAACAAUACAGUUUCAUCAGCCUCAGAGAUUUAAGGAGGAGCUGUGGAAAAUUCAGGAGAAGCUGGAGUGCUACUUUGGGUCUCUGGUUGGGUCGAAUGUUUACAUUACUCCGCAGGGGUCGCAGGGCCUUCCCCCUCACUACGAUGACGUUGAGGUGUUUAUUCUCCAGCUAGAAGGUGAGAAACAUUGGCGACUCUAUAAACCAACAGUGCAUUUAGCUCGGGAAUAUAAUGUUGAAUCAGAAGAUAGGAUUGGGAAUCCCACACACGAAUUCAUAUUAAAGCCAGGUGACUUACUCUACUUCCCAAGAGGGACUAUUCACCAAGCUGACACUCCUCUUGGGGUCUCCUAUUCUACACAUGUGACCAUCAGUACCUACCAAAACAAUUCUUGGGGAGAUUUCUUACUGGAUGCAAUUCCGGGCCUUGUGUUUGAUACAGCAAAAGAAGAUGUGGUGCUGCGGACAAGCAUACCAAGGCAACUGCUUAUGCAGGUGGAUAUGGCUGAUGCAACAAAAAAACUGAGUAACCUUUUGAGAAGGCUCGCAGACCGUCUGGAGAGCACUAAAGAACUGAGAUCAUCUGACAUGAAGAAGGAUUUCAUUAUGAACCGGUUGCCGCCUUUCUUGGGAUGUGACUCUGAUUCUUUGACUCCAGGUGGGAAAUUGCCAAAAAUAGAUAGCAAAAUCAGACUGCAAUUUAGAGAUCAUGCUAUCAUUACAGUGGAACCAGAUCAAGAGAGUUCUGAUGAAGUCCGCAGAGAGAUGGUUUAUGUGUAUCAUUCUUUGAAGAACAGGAGAGAAACUCACAUGAUGGGGGCAGAAGAUGACACUCAGACUCAUGGACUGCGAUUUCCGUUGUCAUACUUGGAUGCACUGAAGCAGAUCUGGAGUAGCAGCACUGUUAAUGUUAAAGAGCUUAACCUUGCUUCAGCUGAUGAGAAAGAAAACCUCGCCUUGUCCCUGUGGACUGAAUGUCUAAUUGAAGUUAUCUGA